UCGAUUUAUUUCGAUUCGAUAUGAUUCUUGAGAAAAUCGUGACUCCUCUCAACGAUCCCGAUCCCCGAGUUUUACCACCUUUACAAUCGAUAUGCUAUACGCAAUACGCCUAUAUCUAUUUCCCUAUACACUUUCUCAGUUGCAACGCAAAAUCACCCAUUUCCAUUUCCAACUUUCCAAUUUCAUCUUCUAAAAGUUUUGCUUCAACAUCUUCUCUAAAAAACCCUAAUCCCCAAAUAAGCCAUGUUUCACAACAUUUGUUUCUCUUAAUUAAUCUUCUUGCUGCAGAUAAAAACUUGCGAAUUUCAGAUAAUGCUCUUCCUAGGAAGAUGCAAUCAGCUUCUUCAAGCCCCUCAACAGCUUGCAUUGUUAGUUAAUGUUGGUUUUCGAUUUUAUUCUUCUGAUUUGGAGUUUGAAGUCAAGAGAAUUACCAAAAUCAUCAAUGACCAUCCUUUUCCCGACCAACCCAUUCGUCCUGCACUUGCCCAGACUAUCACUUCAGCUGCCAUUUCAAGUUCCCUUGUAGAAAAUGUUCUUGGCCGUCUCUUUUCAACCCACUCUAAUGGCCUUAAAGCAUUCGAAUUCUUCAAGUUUUCCCUUCAAUUUCCCGAAUUUUCACCCACUCCAGAUUCAUUUGAAAAGACACUUCAUAUAUUAACUCGAAUGCGGGAUUUUAGUAAAGCUUGGGAGUUAAUAGAAGUUGUUCAUAAAACACACCCUUCAUUGAUUAGCCUCAAAUCAGUGGGCAUAAUGUUGUCAAGAAUUGCAAAGUUUCGAUCUUUUGAAGAAACCCUUGAAGCGUUUGAGAAGUUGGAAAAUAAACUAGCUGAUGGCAAGCAGUUUGGUACCGAUGAAUUUAAUCUUCUGCUUCAAGCAUUCUGCACACAGAGGCAAAUGAAGGAAGCUAAAUCAGUAUUCAACAAGUUAUAUUCACGAUUCUCACCCACCACCAAAACAAUGAAUAUUUUGCUUCUGGGAUUUAAAGAAUCUGGUGAUGUUACUUCUGUUGAACUUUUUUAUCAUGAAAUGAUUCGAAGAGGUUUUAAGCCCAACAUAGUGACUCACAAUAUCAGAAUUGAUUCUUACUGCAAGAGAGGUCGUUUUGUAGAUGGAUUACGGCUUCUUGAAGAAAUGGAACAAAUGAACUGCUUUCCUACGUUACGGACCAUAACCACUUUGAUCCAUGGAGCAGGGAUUGCUCAAAACACGGUCAUGGCACAGCAGUUGUUCAAUGAGAUCCCCAAGAGAAAUUUAGUGCCCGAUGCCGUUGCAUACAAUGCCUUAAUAAAUGCUUUUAUCCGAGCAGGGGAUGUUAAGUCUGCAACUAGAUUAAUGGAUGAAAUGGAUGAGAAUAACCUUCAUCAUGAUAAUGUUACAUUUCAUACAAUGUUCUUAGGAUUGAUGAAAUCGAGUGGAAUUGAUGGUGUUUUAGAACUUUAUCACAAGAUGAUCAGUAAAAAUUUUGUACCCAAACCCCCAACUGUAGUAAUGUUAAUGAAACUUCUCUGCAAAAGCGGUAGGGUUGAUCAGGGGUUUGGUUUUUGGAAUUACCUUAUUGAGAGAGGGUAUUGUCCACACAGUCAUGCCAUGGAUGUCUUAUUGAGAAACUUAUGCUCUCAUGGGAGGGUAGAAGAAGCUUUCAAGUGCUCUGCACAGAUUCUUGAAAAAGGGAGGCAUUUAAGUAAAAACAGUUUUCGUGUUUUAGAGAGGUAUUUAAUAGAGAUGGGUGAUGAUGAUAAAUUAAGGGAACUCGACAUAAUGAUCAAAAAGCUUCAAACUGCUGUACCAGCUUCAAAAGGGCAUGCUAUUGGCAUUUCUAGCAUGAAUCAUGAAUGUGUAGCGUCAAUAUAAAUUUCAAUAUUUCAUCUAGGGAAUGGGUUGUCGUGUUCAUCAGAUUCUUGGAGGUUUGGUCAUGAGGAUGGCUACCUGCCAUGAAGGUAAUGCACAAAGUUCGCCUUUCAUAAUGGGAUUCUGCUGAGGAGAAUUUGACAAGGAUCUGCUACUAAAAACACCCGCAGCUCACAGCCACGGAGGAUCCGCUGGCAUCAAACAGGAAUGAUCCUUUAGUAUUUAAUGGCUAAUUCUCUCUGGAAAAGUAGGUGGAUUCAAUGAUGACCGUGAAGUUCCGUGUAUAUAUAGAGUUGCUAGCAUUUCUAACUAUUGCAUCUGACCCGAGCUUUUAUAAACUAAAAGAACACUGUAGUUGCCAACAUUGUAGAAAAAUAGACAAAAUUAAACAGGCAGGACGUUUCUUGCA